UAAAGUUUGAAAAUUAACUGGCCCCAUUCAAUAAAAACAUAGACACUUAUCAGUUAUAGAAACUGACCUUCAGCGAUGUUUUGCAUUUAUAAUUCCGAACAAAUUGCAACUUUCUUUUGUUUAGUUAAGUUUGUCAAUGGCAAAUGCUGAUUUGGCAUUAUCCUUCCCCAACCCUCUUUUUUUUAAGGUACUACCUAUACCUAUGUAUCUACCUCGUGUUAACACGCUGAAGAAAGUAAAGAGCGUUCUUUACUUGGAAAAGACUCAUUAAUUAUAUGCUGAUUAUCAUCGGAAGUUACGUAUUCUUUUAUAACUUUUAUUUCAUAACAAAUAAUUCAUUUUUAUCAGAUAUUACAUAAAAAGUAAGGUUUAGAAUAUUUAAUGAAAUUGCCAUUGUUUUUGGAGUAAAAUUUAAUGGGAAUUCAGCAAUUAUUGAGCCGUUUUUUUUCGAUAAGAGAAUAAGACGCUUUUCAUUUUGUGGAAGGAGUAAUAUUCCAAAAGGUAGAGAGUACAUUUCGGCGACUUCUAUAUUUAUAUUGAAGGCUUUUUCUUCAAGUCCACUAAAUAAGGAUCGAAUUCUUAUUUCAUUUUCUUCUUUUGUCAUGAAAAUGUCUGCUUUAUCCAGGCCAGAGAAGGCAACCGCUUCUAUAUUGUCUAACGUAUGGGACCAUUGUGAUGAAUUAUCUGCAUUGAACAAUGUCAGUUUAUUUUCGUGCCACACCAAAGUUUGACCAUUUGAAGUGGCGUAGGCUUUACGUACAUCGUCUACUUUUAGAUAUUCUCUAAAAUUUAAAGUAGCCUCCGCAAUUUUACUCUUUAAAAUUAGUCCAUUAACUCUGUCGCAAAGUAGGAUAAAUAAUUCGUCUGGACUAAUCGAAAAACUUUCAUACGCUCCUCUACUCUCCCAUCGAUUUAAUACUAUAUCUGAUACUUCACUUGUAUUUAUAUCAGUUAUUGUUGUAUUCUCAGGUGACGUGUUCAUUAGAAAUAUGUCCGUUUCAUUGCUAAUAAUGGACGAAUGAUCAGAAAUUCUUCCAUUAACAAUGUCAAAAGGCAUUACAGUAAAAUUAUAAAUAAAUCCCUCUUUUACUUGAACUUCUGCUAUUUUGUUAUCUAAAUUUUCUUGAAUACGUAAUUCAAGUUCCCUACAUGUAAUGCUCGUUUCCAGUUCCAUCAAUAUUUCUUUCAUACGCUGUUUAGGCUCUUGAAAGGUGCUACUUCUAAAAUUAGAAUAUUCUGUAAAAGCUACAUUAAAUUUAGUCAAUUGAUUAUUAGUUUCUUCCAAAUUAUCGAAAACUUCUUGUCUUAAUCUUCUCUUUUCAGUUUCAAGUCUUUCUUCCAAAUGUUCAAAGUGUUUAUUAAGUAACUUAAUAUUCUUUUCCUUUGAAUCAUCAAUUAUCUUUCUUAAUUUUUGAAUUUCCCUUGAAAGUUCCAUUUUAAAUUUAAUAUAUUAAUUAUUCAAACAAACACCAAACAAACGACAAUUAAUUAGUUAAAUAGUAUCGAAAGAUUAAUGUCACAUUUACUACGUUCAAGCAGCGAUUGUUAGUUGUAAGACUAAUAUACAUAUAUAUAUAUAUGUUAUAUAAAGACAACACCCAUCGUUUUUUAAGAUAAAUUUUUCAUUGUCAAAAAUAGAUUUAAUUAUAUCUUGUUUCCUCAAAAUUACAUUUUGAGUAAAGACAAUAGCGAUUGGGAUAAACACAUUAAAAUAUAAGAUAUCUGUAUAUACAAAUGUUAUAUUUCUUAUCUCCCUAUAUACUGUAUAUAGGGAGAAACCAAACGAUCAAAACCAUUAAAGAAGAUGAAUCAACAAUGUUAACAAGUAAUUUAGGUUACCAGUCGUUUUUAAGACAAUGGGAGAACGAACUUAUUAAAACGAAAAUAGGCAUAUUUUAUGGUCUAGUUCCAUACAGUAAAUACGUUAUUGACCUAGUUGAUGCUUAAGAAACGCAUAAAAAAAUCAUUUCUUAUUACUUUUGUUUUUGUCCUGUUGAAGAUUAUUUUUUAGAUUAAUUAAUCUUAAGCGGAUUACCAGCUGGAUUAUCUAGGGGGAGUCGUAGCUGUUUUUUCCAAACAAUCUUUUUUUUCACACAUGUCAUUUUUUCUUCUUCUUUUUGUUUUUAUAAAAACAAAAAAGACAAAACUUCUUAUAAUCUUUAUUUCGAGAGUCGAAGAAUUGAGACAUUAGCAACACUAAGUAAAGUUUGUAUUAUUAUCUUUUGGACAAUUUACAAGAUAACCUUUAACCUUACUGGUGGCGACACCAGUAAUUUUUUCUGAUUAUAAAUUUACGUGUAGACUUUAUAUAUAUGAGAAGAAUAUAAAUCUCUUUUUUGAAGAGAACUGAUUUAUAUGUAAAGAAAACAACCAAACUUUUGGAAAACGAAAGCUAAAGGUCAAAAAUAGCUGGACAGUUAGAAUCCCUUAAGUAAAAACAGAGAAGGAAAAGCGGAUGGAUUUUUUCAAAAAUCAAAUUCAAAUUGUUCUUGUUGAGAUUAGAAUGAGUGGAAGAUUGAAUACGAUGUCAAGGCUUAUAAGGUCUAUACCUAAAGCUUUCGAUAAAGAGGUUGAAGGAACCAAAGAUUGCAGUGGCGUGGAUCGUUAUAGGAAAACUGUUUCAAUAAAAGAAAAGCAGAUGGUAUUAUCCAUUUCGGUUAUAGAUCCAUCAGAUCGUUUAAGUCUUAUUAUGGAAUGUAAAACUGCUGAUGGAGUUCUAAUGGUGUUUGAAAUGAAUGAGUUUAGUACUUUCAAGAUAAAGUUACAGCAAUGGCCAGUCAUAAAAGAGAUGACUACAAGGACAAAUUGCCAAUUAAUGUUAAUAGGUAAUUUCCCAAGAUCGGACGAAAUCGUAAUAAAAGAACAAGAAGAUGCCAGACAAUUGGCCAACGAAUGGAAUAUUCCAUUCUUUAGCAUUAGCUGCGAAACGGGAGAAAAUGUCAAUGAAGCUCUGAAUCAUCUCACUAAAGAGAUCAUUGAAAAGGUAACAAAAAGUUAUUAA